AUGUCUAAUCAGCGCUGGAGUAAUUGUUGUUUAUUGGAAGUAGAUAAAAACCUUGAUACAAAACAUUGUGGUUCCAUAGAAUUACUUCGCCCCCUGGUAUCGGACUCUCAUAGCACGGUGCGUCAGUGUGCUGUUGUAGCCGCAGCGAGGCUGGCCGAACACGACGAGGAAGUGGCCCGCCAGUUACUGAACGGGGGCAUGGUCACUACCGCACUAGAAAACCUUCACAAAUAUAAUGUAUACUACAAGAGAUCGGCGUUAUAUUUAAUGAGAGCUAUUGCCAAGCAUAACGAUGAACUUGCCUCUAUGCUUGUACGUCUUGGUGCAUUGGAACAUAUAGUGAAUUGCCUAGAAGACUUUGAUACUCAGGUAAAAGAAAAUGCAGCUUGGGCUUUGGGCUAUAUUGGAAAACAUAACGAACAAUUAGCUGGACAAGUGAUAGACGCUGGAACACUUCCUUUGUUAGUGCUGGCUUUUCAAGAACCCGAAAUAAGUCUUAAACAGAUCACGGCGGGUGCGCUGGUGGAUCUGGCGCAACACAAGCCGGAAGCCGUGGUCGAUGCGGGUGCAAUUUGUCAUUUAGUCCGUGGGCUAGAUAACCAAGACCCUAAAUUGAAGCGUAGCGUGCUGUGUGCACUGAGCGCGGUGGCUGGCGGGCGGGCGGAGCUGGCGGAGCUGGCGGAGGUCGUGGUGGCAGGCGGCGCGCUGCCGCCGGCCCUGCUGCACGCGGCGCACCACGCUGCACCCGUACGCCGCGCUGCUGCCUGCCUGCUUAGAGACAUCGUUAAACACUCCAUUGAUUUGGCGCAAUUAGUCGUUAACACUGGAGGAUGUGGUCCACUAGUAGAGUUGCUGGCUGAAAAUACCGGAGGUUCGCGCGUACCAGCUUGUAUGGCGCUUGGCUUCAUUGCAGGACAAUCAGAUCAACUAGCCAUGGCAGUUAUCGAAUCAAAGGCAGUUCCAUCUCUAGUGGAGAUUCUCCAGAAUAACGAAGCAGAGGAAGCUGAAAUUUGUGCAGCCGCUUGGACUUUAGGUCACAUUGCUAAACAUUCUCCUCAACAUAGUCUAGCAGUAGCUGUUGCUAACGCUUUCCCAAGAUUGUUGCAGUUAUACACCGAUCCAAAAUCAUCUGGAGAAAUGAGAGCUCGAGCAUUGUGUUGCUUGAAACAGUCAUUACAAUGCUGUCUACAUAGACCUGCACUUGAGCCACUUCUACAUGCAGCUCCUGCUUGUGUAUUGAAAUAUGUACUGGCUCAAUAUGCCAAGGUAAACAUAUUGAUAUUGAUUUUAAUAAUAUGUAGUGCUAGUAGUUGA